AUGGCCACCUUUCAGAACAACGCUCGGGCCGGUCCAGGACCAUCCACAGCGGCUCGAGCGCCCCGAACAGCGGUCGGUCAGCCUUCGUCCGUCCCGAAGGAAGAGGGCGAGAUUAGCUCUGGAGAAGACGACAUUCAGUAUCUCGGACCGCCCACUCCGCCUCGACGACCUCUGACGCCACCUCGACCUCGAUCAACCCAUACUUCACCCACGGUCAAAAACUUCCCUUCGCGCUCUGCCGCAUCGUCCUUGCCAUCUGGUCCAGCCAGAAAGGCUCCGUUACCGAAAGGACGCCCACAAUCCUCCGUACCGCAGAACCGCGCCCCUCCGCCGCACCUUCCGCCUGAUCCCGAGCCGGAAGUGAAGGUUACGGUGGAAAGGUCGAACUCGGCGAGAGUUAUGGACUCGCCCGGACCCCUAGCUCCAGCCCCAGCGGGUAUCUCGCCGGAAGAAGCGCGGCAAUACAUGGACAUCAUCCGCAACCUUCUCCAAGAGGGUUUCCCGCCCGGCGAUCUCAUCGCCCGCGGCGCAACCGCUCGCUAUGUCACUGCCGUCUGCGAAGAGAUCGUCGCAGGGGCCAGGAAGAGGGUCCCGGCCCCUUCGGUAGCUCCGUCGCCGCCGAGGCAAAUCAUGACGCCAUCUCCCCCUCCCCCCGCUCCUAUCACCAGGGCGUUUCAAAUGGCUCGGAACCCCAGUCAUAGCUCGGAGGCAUCAGAAGAGCAUCUCAUCCUCUUGGCAUCCCUCUUCGAGCCCAUUACCACCGCCACCUCCCCCUCCAUUCGGCGAUUACCGACCCCCAUCCCCCCUCCUCCGGUCCGCAUCGAGAGCUAUCGUCCACCUACUCCGCCAGGCCGUCCGCCUCCCCAGGCUUACUCGUCCCUGUCCUCCAACGGUAGCUCGUAUACUGCAGGGUUGACAGCCCAGAUGAAGAGUUUGCAGCCGCUGUCAUCCUUCUCGCAAGCAUCUUCAUCUGGCUCUCAUCCUGCCCAGCCCAACCCAUAUCUCCCCAACCCCUAUCUCCGGCCACCUCAACUCAAUGCCCACCCGCCGCAUCCACAGGCCAGUCGACAAAUUCCUCCCCCUCCCCCGCCACCAACCCAACCCCCAUCUCUGCCCACUGCCACACAUCCGAACCCCUACAUCGCAGCGCUGCAGCCCACAAUCUAUCCUGCAUCGGCACCUCCGCCACCGGCACAUCCAAUCUCCAGCCCGCGGUCCAGCCCACGCUCAAAUAAGCGCGCCAAGCUUCCGCCCCGGCCGAAUCGCUUGUCGGCAGCGCCCACCGAAGGGUCUGUCAUCAGCACGGACAUCGCGGGUAGCAACUUCUACAGCUUCAACACAGGUCCCAGCGAGCAAAUGGCGAAUCCAUACCAACCUGUCGAGCAACCUGUCUUUGAGGCUCAGGCCGCGCCUCGGUUGGUCGGGGCUGAAUUGGCCGCUCGCACGGCUUUGCUCGAAAGUCGGCGCAAGGCGAUCGAGAGUAUGAAGGCGAGGAAGGCUGCCAAGCCUCUAGUUUCACCGAUAGAGCCAGCAGAGAUGUUUGUCGAGCCGGGAUCGAUAGAUUCUGCUCCAAUCGUCAUUGACGAGGAUAGCGUCUCGGCGGACAAGACGAUCGAGGAACAGAUGGCAGAGCUGGAGGAAGAAGUGAUGGGGCUGCAGACGGAGCAGAGGGCGGCUGAGGCGGCGAUGGACCAGGAUAUGGACAUGGACAUGGAGGACGAUGAGACUGAGGAGGGGCAGAUUGAGGAUACGACGGAGGACCCGCCUUUCUCGGCCUCGUCUACUCCGAUCCUGUCUAUGCCCUCUCUCCCAUCGGAUGUCCCUGUCUCGACCGCCCUUCGGAUCCCGCGCGGCGUCAAGCGCGUCAAUGCGGAGGACAUGAUGGACAAUCGGCCGACUUCCCUCCCUGCUCGUCUUCCACCAAAUAAGCGCCGCACCCUAUUUGGCGGUAUACCCCAGCGACCCAAUCGGCUCGUCAUGUUCCUCGACCACUCGGAUUCCGACUCGGACUCGGAGGACGACGGGGACAAGGCGGGUCAGAUGUCGCGUUUGAAGAUCACGUCGGGCAGUGCAACGCCCAUGCCCAGUACGGCGGCGAUGGCGGCUACGGCCAAGUUGCUGGCGGAGAAGGAGGAGGGGAUCCGCAAAUUGAAGGAGCAGAUCGAGCAACGGAUGAAGGCGAGGAUUGCAAAGAGGGCAACGAGCGAGGCGGCGGCCAUCAGCGCGCCGGUACAGGCUCCGCCGGUGUCGCUGUCAGUGGAGGUGGAGGUCAAGGUGGAGGAGGAGGAUGUUGUCAUGGCUGAGAGCAGUGAAGUGCCGGAUGCGGUCGCGGAAGCGGCGGAUACUCCCCCAGAGCUUGAGGUUGUCGCACAUGAUGAUCCGCUCCCUGAAGAAGCAAUGGAGGUGCGACCUGCGACUCUUCAGCAAGACCAAGCCAAGGACGUGCCGACUGAUGCCGAUCUGGUCGAGUACGUCUCGCAUGCCUUACCUGGAAAAUCGAAAACGGACGUCAUCGCCAGCUUGGCCAAAGCCCGAUUUGCGCUUGGUUCCGGUCCGAUCACCAACGAGUCGACGUCGAGCGAGCGUAAUCAACAGGUCCAAACAGGCGGUACCAACACUUCGUCCGCGCGGAAGGACACGGUAGACCUCGGUCACCUGCUGGCUCAUAUGGGUCAAACACUGGUCGGCACAUGA